UACUAGGUUAGCUAACAGACUGCAAUGAGGAACAUGUGGAACUCAACGGUUCUCGUCGGAUCGACGUCCGUCGAGUAUCACAUCACAAUAUGGAUUGUGGCGACGACCGGAAUGGCAGCCAACGCGUUAGUCCUUCUAUGGAUUUGCUGGAACAAAAGAUCAAGAUCCGGCCUACUUGCUAGCCUCAUCGUCAGCCUUGCUGUAGCCAACUUCGGUUUGGCAUGUCACUUUGUACUACAAGAGGUCAUGCUGCUCUCACCCCUCUUCUUCAAAGCUGAAAGCGAAAGGUUGAGUUUGCCGUUUACAAAAACAGACGAAGUGCUUUGCGGUCUCGUCUCGUUUCUUACUUUCGUGUCGGCUAAUGCUGUCAUGUUCACGGCGGUCGGAAUCGCUCUCUUUCUCUUCCUUCAGCAACAGUGGGGACUCCGACUGCUCGCUGGGUUUAUGAUCACCGCGUGGGUGGCUUGUUUUCUGUUUGCGGGUGUGGUCGUGUGGCACUUUCGAAUUCGCGCGUCCUUUCUACCAGAACAAAUGGAGAGAGACGCUUACUCGCUUGUCGUCGUCUACGCAUGUCAGAUGGCCAGUGUGCCGAGUAAUAAGGGAUACCGUUUUUCGAUCAUGAUUACGGCUGUUAACGCGGCCUGUUCGCUGGUUGUCGGUUCGAUUUACGUCUACAUCCUUUGCAAGACGAGAAGAGGAAAGGGGGCGACGGUGACGACGGAAAAUCCAACAAAUUUGAAACUUCGCUUGGUCGUGAUUUCGAUUAUGAACGUCAUCUGUUGGUGGCCUGCUCUUGUUCUCUACGCCAUACCGUUUGCGACUGGAAGGUCGGUCUACAACGGCACGUUUCCACCACAUUAUUCGGAGCCUGUUCUUAUGUUGGUGGCUAUUGUGACCGUCGCCAAUCCGGUUUUGUAUGUCAUCAUGUCGAGGCCGUUUGCUACAGCUGCCAGACGAUUUCGCCGGCGAGUUUGUUGGCAUUGUUUUUGUAUGGAUUGUUGCGAUAAAGAGCGAGCACACUUGAGGGCAGUUACCGGUCUAGAUAUACGCAAGUAUGACAGCAUAUCUGAGCAAACAGACACAACUAAGUUUCUAGAAGAUAUCUCUACAACAGAAGACGGAAAUGCUGGGUGCUCCUAGAACUUACAACUCUAGGCAUGUAAUGUCACAUGCACUUGGACUUGCUCCGCUUAGUUGAUGCAAACGAUACAUAGCAACUAUUUCAUAUGAUUACUCUUGCUAUGUGCAGUAUAAUUAUGUUA